AUGAGCUUGGUUGACAUCUCUUGGACGCGCUCCUCGAUUGCCGCCAUUACGAACCUUGGGCUGUACCUGUUUCUGGUUCAAUCCAUCCCACCGAACUGGUCUCCGUUGAUUCCGGUGGCUCAGAUUGCUUGCGAGCCCGUUUUCCAUUACCUGGCGGGGGCUGAAAAGACACCCCGCUAUAACAUGCUUGUUGCACCUUUGCUUCAUGCGAGCAACUGCUUCGAAUGGGGUGUCCGGCAAGUGGCUUGGAUCCCAAGGCUGACUGUGGCGCCCCCGAUAUAUCUCGCUUUAAUACUGGUCAGCCGUCUUCUAUUGGACAUGCAUCUGUUGACAGUAUUCCGUCACCGCAAAGACCUUCAAUGGGCCAGGCAGCAUAUUCUCUUACCCACUCACACUCUCAUCUGCUAUCUCGCCGCGAUGCUGUUGGUGGAGCAUGCGGGAAUCCCUGUUGUAACGUAUAUCAAACCGAUUGUGGUGAUUUUCAUGGAUGGUGUAGGCUUCUUGCCGCACAUUAUCCCUGCAAGCUACGCUAUUGCUUUUGACCAAGUGAAAAUCAUGAAAUCGUAG